ACUGUAGUUUUUGUUUUUAAGCAAGAGCCCUUAGGGAAUUGGUUCACUUCUAUGGGACAAAAAAAAACAACAACAUUAUUAAAUAAGCAAAUUAAUACAUAUGCAAGAGCUUCCUUUGAGUCAGGAGUGGCUCAGAGAAAUAUGUUUUGAAUGCCUUGAGUUGGCACACUGGGAACUGAAUUUCACACGAUGAAAUAAAAAUACAGUUCAUGGUUUGGAUGAGUCAAAGUUCAUAUUUCAGAAGAGUGGAAAGAAGGGUUUUACAGUAAGCAUGGGACUGGAGCAAAAUGGCAGUGCAAUCUGUUUACUGCCUUCCAGUCUGUAAUCUGAAUUGAAUCCCACUUAGAAUAUACAUUUUUUGACAACAUGGGUAUGUUUUAUUGAAAGGAAGAAGGUUCAAGCAUAUAACAACAAAUUGUGUACUGAUCCGGUUUUCAGGCAGUACACCAAACUUCCCAAAAUGGAAAACGAGACAAUUCCUGAAGCAUCUUCCCUCCAUAAUUUUGGAGUUAUAAAAAGACGUGUGAGGGAUAAGAAGAAUGGGGUUCUAAAGUCUCAAAAGCUGAAUACUUCGCUUGCAUCUAAAAUCAAAACUAAGAUGAUGAACAACUCAUCAUUUUUAAAGAAUUCUCUAAAACACAACAAUAAGGCAUUGGCUGUGGCCCUCAGCAGAGAGAAAGAAAAUUCUCAACAACUCAAAAGAGAAAAGCUGAUAUUACAGGAAGAAGUGGAGGAACUACACUUGCAGAAUGUCUUACUUCGCCAAAAGCUAAAUUGUCUGAAUAAAUCCCUCAUUGAAAUAGAAGCCUUCUUGCACAAUAAUCUUUUAACGGCAAUUGAAAUGAGCACCAUUUCGGAGCAUAUUCCCAAACCUUUCACAAUGCGAAGAGAUCAGCACAACAAUUCUUCUCAGCAGUCUGAGAUUUCCAGACACCAAAUCAGAUCUAUUGGGCAACAUAUAAGUGAAACUUACUCUUCAGAAAAUGAUGGGGGAAAGCAAGAUAAUAACUUAUUUGUAUGUGAAGUAGAGAUGCCUGAACUAUCAAAGGAAACUGCAAUGAAGCAAAUCGACAGUAAAUUGCUUCUUCCAGAGAAAAUGCUGAAAGCAAAUGAAACAAAUAAAAUGGAAACUGUAUUUGUCACAAAUAGAUUUCCAAAAGAAAACCAGUCAAGUGUGGAAGAACUCUCUAGCAGUUUCUUGAUGCUGGAUCUAAAUAAUGCAACUUUUACAGGAGAUAAUGAAAAACAUUCAAAAGCAAAGAAUAGUCAAUUUCUGAUCCAUGGAUUUGUGACUGAAAGGAAGAAACAAGUGAUGUCCUGCAUAUCGAGUGCACCAACCAAUUCUGAUACAACAAUAGAGCAGAAAAGCAUGUUACAUUGUAGCACUGAUAAAGUCAGAAAUACCAGUGGGAUGGGUAAUGAGACAGCCCCAAAAGGCAUUUCACACAGUGAAUCAUUUCCUCAAAGUAGCAGUGAGCCUGCUUGCAGAGAAAAAGUGUGUUCAAUACAUGAACAAAAGUCAGAAGAAACUACAUACGACGCUGACAUGGAACUGACUGCUAGUGAACUAGGUGAAAUAGUCUUAAUUAAAUCAAAAGCCAAAAAAAAAGAAUGCUAAAAGAAUCAAAGCUCAAAAGGUUUCAGCAAAUUUGAGGAAAGUGACGUAUUCCAAUUCAGAAAAACAGAUUAACAAUAAAACUAAAAAAAGUAAUGAAAAUAUUCAAAGUAAUGGAAGGGUUAAAAGCAUCAGAAGCCCUGAAUCUAAAAAAACCCUAUCGCCAAAAAUACAAUUGUUCCAAAGGACAAUAUCUCCGGACAAAAAAUUAAAGAACACCAGUGAACAUGAUGUUGGAAGCGAUUCCAAGAACAGUAACAAGAAUAACGAACAUAUGCUUCUAUUAGAUUUAAAGUGUCAACAGCAAACUAGUAUUAGUUCACAAAAUGAAAACAUGAAAGAUAUAAUUUCUGAAGCAACAGAAAAUUCAUGUAGCCAGGCCCCAGAACGAGUCUCUAGUGUUUCUAGUAAUAAAGUGCUAUUAGAACACUAUUUUCCUGAAAGUAACAUAUCUAAUGUAAUGGCUACAAAAGAGCAGUCAGAUGUAAAUAAGGAGAUAGGCCCUAUUGCUUCCAAAAUCAAUCCAUCAAAUCAUUCUGAAAUGGAAGAUGGACAAUACUUAUAUUCAAAAGGUAUUAGAUCAAAACAGUGUAGAUCUGACUGCCAGACAAAACAUGCUCAAAAGACUAAUACAAACAGUGCAUAUAACACUAACGAAAAGAUCUGGAACUGCAAUAUAGCAGGAGAAAGAUCUACUCAAAGUUUAGGUUUUCCAAAAGAUCAAAGUAAUGAAGAAUUUUCGCAGGGUGAUAAAAGGAAAAUUUUUGCAAAAGCUAGCCGGAAGACAUAUAUUAUAUAUCCAAACUCUCAUAAUCGCCAUAGAAGUUCUGUGAAACGAGUACUACAAGAUGAAAAUACUCUACCAACUAACAUGACAGCUGAAAACAAACAAUUACAUUGUAAUGUUCAGAAUGUUACAACUUCAUCCUUCCUACAAAGGGAUGAAAAAUAUGUUGAAACAUUCAAAGAAAGAAUCAAUUGUACAUCAAAACCAAGCAGAAAGACCUAUGUUGUUUGUUCACACAAUCAAGAUAAAAACACAGAGAAAGUUAUUUCUAAUCAUAUUGAAACUACUGCUGGGUUGUGUAAAAUUCCAGAAAGCAUUCCAGUUCUGAAGAACCCUGAUAUUUUACAAAGAAAUUAUCAAGAAAAAAAUAACUGUGCUUCUACAGAGAAGGUAGACGUGAUUUGUGAAGUGUCUUGCAACAAAGCACCAGUAUCAGAUUCUGGGAUUAAACCUCUCCAAGAACUGACAAAUAUCAGUGUGCAGUCCCUUUCAAAACCCAGGAAAGAUUUAGAAGAAAAUUCAGCAGCACCUGUUAGACGCAGGCGAGCAACAGUUUGCUACAAAGAACCCAGUAUCAAAAGCAAAUUAAGGCGAGAAGAUGGGCACACAGAUAAAGGGUUCCUGGACUUUCCAGUCCUCAAAGUAAAAAACAAGCAAAGUUUUAAAAGUAAAUCAAGAUAUAUCUAAAGAGAAUACACAGAAAUGCAUCUACCUGUAUGAGUCGUCUGUUCUUGAACAAGUCUGAUCAUUUUUUCCUUACUGUCUUCCUUUGAGCUAGUUUUUUUGCCUGCACUCUUAGUGUUUAAAAAAAUGAAAGCAAUAAAUAGGACA